GGUACGCGUGCAGCUUUCUGUUGUAUUCGAUAUAUAUGACAUCACAAUCAUGUUAUUUAUUGACGCUUUUGCAAGAGUUCUUGUUAGAAUAGCCAACUCGUCGCCUGUGAUUGCUUUGCCAAAGUUUUGGCUAAGUAUUUUAAAAUGUCGAAGCGAAAGUAUAGUGAAAAUUAUAUUGAGUAUGGCUUCAUUGCUAUUGAACAUCGAGGAGAUAUCUUACCUCAGUGCGUGAUCUGUAUGAAAACCCUUUCAAAUGCAGCUUUGAAACCAAGUUUGCUUAAGCGACACCUUGAAACCAAUCAUACAGAUAAGAUGAACCGAGAUAAGAGUUAUUUUGAGCGACUUGGGGAGAACGUGAAGAGACAGCGCAUGGAUCACACAGGCCAGUUUUACCAAAAGAAUGCGGGGAUUGUAAAGGCAUCCUACGAAGUAUCUCUUCUGGUGGCCCAACACAAAAAAGCUCAUGUCAUUGCAGAGUCUCUUAUUUUGCCUGCAGCUAAGAUAUUAGUCAGAAAUUUGAUUGGAGAAGAGUCAGCGGCAAAGUUGGAUAGUGUAUCGCUUUCUAACAAUACCGUGAAACGACGCAUCGAGGAAAUGUCAGUUGAUAUUACUGACCAGGUGAUUGCAGGAGUAAGAAAUUCGAAGUUUGGAUUUGCCUUACAACUUGAUGAAUCGACAGAUGUCACAAACUGCUGCCAACUGCUUGCCUACGUCCGCUUUAUUCAGAACGAUACUGUAAAAACGGAAUUAAUGUUGAAUCAUGAGCUGUCUACUACAUCAAAAGGAAAAGAUAUUUUCAACUCUUUGGAUAAUUUUUUCAAGGAAAAUGAAUUAGAUUGGGGAAAUCUUGUCGGAUGUACCACGGAUGGGGCUCCCUCCAUGCUCGGCAGAAAACCUGGA